AUGUCGGCCAAUGAACCUGCCUUGUCGCCGCCGUCACAUGUGACGCCAAACCUCGAUAACCCUCAAGACAUCAUCAGGGGUGUCAACUUUGUCACCCAAGGAUUAUGCCUUCCCGCUAUCUGCGUAUGCGUUGGGCUGAGGAUGUUCUCCAGAUGGAGGCAACUAGGCGCUCUAGAUUGGGAUGAUGGUUUUUGCAUUGUUUCAUGGCUUCUUAUGAUGGGAUACUGCGUGUGCGGAAUUUUGCUCUCAGUGAGCCUUCACGGUGGUGGCAACAACCAGUGGGAAGUCGCAAACUUUGAAAUGGAGACGUUCCUAACGAUUGGAUACGCUGCCAUGGUCUUGUACAACCCGAUGGCGUUAUUCGUAAAACUCGCUCUCCUCAUUAUCACGACUCGAAUAUUCGCGCCUUACAAAAAAGAAGUCUGGGGCAUCUACGUCGUCAUGGGCCUUCUAGUCAUCUACUACAUGAUUGCGUGGUUCAUUAAGAUAUUCAUGUGUACGCCCAUCAGCGCGUACUGGAAGCGCGAGUGGGACCAUUGCAUGAACGAAGGCAACAUCUUCAUCGCCGACGCCGUAUUUAGCUCCCUCUCCGAUCUGGUUAUUCUAUUCCUUCCUCUCCCUCUCACAUGGAGCUUGCAAAUGCCCACGAAGAAGAAGUUCCGGGUCAUGGGCAUGUUGGGAGCCGGAGGUCUUGCGACCGCAUUCAGUGUGUACAGACUGGGCAUGGUCAUACAAAACGAGACGAACCCGAACCAAACCAUUGUAUUCAUGAAGGUGGUUUUGACAGGUAACGCGGAAGCCGGCAUUGGUCUCAUCUGCGCCUGUCUCCCCGCCAUCUCCGCAUUGGUCGCGCGCCACCGCAAAGACACCAGCGUCGACGGCACUGGAAGUUCGUACCUUCACUCGUCGCGCUCGCGCAUCAAAGACAUCCCACACAAAGAAAGCCAGGACGAAGUCGAACUUAUGCACAACGCCGCCGAAUCUGGGACUCUAGGCAGCGCUGGCGGCGAAGACAAUGGCAUUACUCGGACCGUCGACUUCAAGGUCGUCACGCAAUCGAGCGUCAGCGAAGACCGAACCGUCCACGCGAUUGGUGCCGCCGUUUAG